CUAGUCAGUUGCGAUCCGUCGCUCGUGGAGUUUGGACCGACUUUCUGCAAAAGUCUCGUGGUGUCUUGCGAACCGUGCGGGCCUUUGCCGGGUUUAGGAUCCGUGGGCUGUUUAAUCGGAACACGCCACAGCGCGGUGACACGUACGGAGAGCGGGAUGAAAAGCGAACCCAAACCUGAGUGGGUGAAAAUUAGCGUGUGACAAGACAAGCAGAAAACUUGAUUAGAGUGGAGCCCGCGAAUUAAAUUUAUGGGUGAAACCCGCGCUGGAGUGGCUUUUAAUUGAAUGGGUUGAACCAUUUCCCAAAAGUGAGUGAAAACAAAACACAAACAAUCGAGAAAAAUAACCGAGCAGAGGAAAAUCAAAACAGAUUCGUGGGAGAAAAAGUGUCGAAAUCAAACAAAGAGAGUAAAAGUAAAAAUUAAAAUCAAACAAAGUGAGGGAGAGCAACCGAAAAGAAAAACAAAACAAGAAGAAUCAACAAGUGAACAACAAAAGGAAAAUCAAAAUAAUAACUCAUCGACACAAUAAAAAAAUGGCAUUGAUGUGACAACGACAAUUGAAAAAUCAGAGUGAAAUAAAGGAAAAGCCACUCUGUGAGAAGAAAAACUGACCGGUCUUGGGACGACAGCUGGCGCAGCAAAAAACAUUAAAUAACACAGAAGAAAAAGAUAGCCGGAAUGGGUCUAUUUUUACUUUUUGCAGCGGCCGUGCUGUUUACUUUCACUGGAAAUGAAGUACACGGCGGCAACUUGGUCAAGCGAAGUCUGAAAAACACAGUUCCCUGCUUCGAGGAUGGACGAUUUUACAGGAAUCCGGAGCGGCCAAUUCACAAGAUGUGGACCAACACGGAGUGCGCCAAGUACUAUCUCUGUCUGGACGGCGAGGUGUUCGAGUUCAAGUGCUCGGUUGGGCUGCUGUUUGACGUGACCCGCCAGAUCUGCGACUUCAAGCAGAACGUGGACAACUGCGACAUCACCGCAGAGGCCCGCGUCCCCAAACCCCUGCUGGAUGCCGCCCAGUGCGAGGAGCGAUCGCAGCUCGGUUGCGGCGACGGCACCUGCCUUCCGAACGAGUACUUUUGCGACGGUUCCGUAGACUGCGCGGACGGUUCGGACGAGGGCUGGUGCGACGUCGAAAAUGACCCGAACGCAGCGGAUCCGUGCGAUUUGUCCGUGUGCGAACUUCCGGACUGUUUCUGCUCCAAGGAUGGAACCAUCAUUCCGUCCCGACUGGAGCGCACUCAAACGCCGCAGAUGAUCGUGCUGACCUUUGACGACGCGAUUAACUUCGAGAAUUGGGAGCUUUACACGCAGAAGAUCUUCACGCCGGGUCGGAAGAACCCGAACGGAUGUCCGAUCAGGGCCACGUUCUUCAUCUCGCAUCAGUACACGAAUUACGCCCACGUCCAGAAGAUGUGGAACGAUGGCCACGAGAUUGCGAUCCACUCGAUCACGCACCGAGGUCCGGAAGAGUGGUGGUCACGGAACGCAACCAUCGAGGACUGGUUCGACGAAAUGGUUGGCCAGGCGAACAUCAUCAACCGAUUCUCGAACGUGCGCAUGGAGGAACUGCGCGGGAUGCGGGUUCCGUUUCUGCGAGUCGGCUGGAACCGGCAGUUUCUCAUGAUGAAGGAGUUUGGCUUCGUGUACGACUCUUCGAUGGUGGCCCCACACUCGAAUCCGCCCCUUUGGCCGUACACGCUGGACUACAAGAUGCCACACGCGUGCAAUGGGAACAACCAGUUCUGUCCAUCGCGGAGCUAUCCGGGCAUCUGGGAGAUGGUGAUGAACCAGCUGGAGGCGGGCGAUUACACGUGCGGCAUGGUGGACACGUGCCCGCCGCACAUGAACGGUGACGACGUGUACAAAAUGUUUGUGCACAACUUCAAGCGGCACUACCACACGAACCGGGCCCCGUACGGGCUGUACUUCCACUCGACCUGGUUCCGCAAGCAGGAAUAUUUGGAUGCGUUUUUGCGCUUCCUGGACGACAUGCAGAAGCACCCGGACGUGUACUUUGUCACCAACUACCAGGCAGUGGAGUGGAUCCGCCAGCCCACCCCGCUCAACCAGCUGGGCCACUUUGAGCCGUGGCAGUGCGCACCCAAGCAGCUCGAUCCGAACGAGGUGGCGUGCAAUUUGCCGCGGACGUGCAAACUCCACAGCCGCGUGCUGCAGCAGGACCGGUAUCUGUUCACCUGCAACGAGUGUCCCGCCCAGUAUCCCUGGAUCCGGAACGAGUUCGGGUUGGAUUGA